ACAUCAAAGAUCGCCCGUAUCCAAAACUCCAUAUCCUAUCUGAAGCGAACGCAAGAGGAACUUCAGGAAUAUGCAGAGGACCCGGACGUAGUGCAGGUACUCAAAGAGGAUAACGAAAUGUUGUCAGAACAGCAUGAGCGAAUAUUAAUGCUCAAGCUGGCGCUCCCCCAUAGAGGAGCAUCGAAUGCUACUAGCACUCACGGUGGAUUU